UUAGUCUGUCAUUUCCCCCCGUUGAGAAGAUUUUUCCUGUGAUUUAGUCAUUUGCUUGUUAGACUCUUGACGGGGCAAAGAAUAAGCUUUCCUCUUGCUUCAAGCAUCAGAUUGAGUGAAACGGCGAAUGAUUAUUGACUAUCCAGGAAAACGAGGCAAAGUGGCUCAGAAAUGAUAUUGAUAUGACUAUAACAAUGACCAGGACUAGUAAGAAAACAUUGCCUGUCUGGAGCACUGGAAGUAGCUUUAAGGCGAGCAAGAAGAAGAAAGCUAUGGAGAACAGGGGAGGUGGUUCCUCAGCUGAUGAACCUCAGGAUGCAGAUUAUGAUAUCCCGUCUCUGAGCGACGAGCUAGAGACCCUGAUCUUGGCCAGGCUUCCAAGAUCUGAGCAUUGGAAACUAUGCUUUCUGAACAAGAGGCUUCAAGCCCUUGUGAAGAGUGGUGAAAUCAUCAAAAUCAGGAGAGAAAUAGGGUUCAAAGAGCCCAGUGUGUUCAUGUUAGCAAGUGGAGAGACCAAUUGGUGGGUCUUCGAUGAACAUUUCGAAUCUUGCAGGAUGCUCCCCUUUACCCCAUCGGACUACAAUUUCACACACGGAGAUAAGGAGUCAUUCUUUGCAGGCUCCCACUUGUUUGUUUCAGGCAGGGAGUUCGAUGGAGCUGCUGUUUGGAAGUACGAGGUGGAAACAAACCAAUGGUUGAAGGCUCCCUCCAUGAUCAAUCCUAGGUGUCUGUUUGCAUCGGCCACCUCUGGUAACUAUGCUUUCGUCGCAGGUGGUCAAGACACCACAACUUAUUCUCAAGUCCUGGACUCUGCUGAGAAAUACAAUUCAAAGAGCAAGUCUUGGGAAUCUCUGCCUAGGAUGAAUCGGAAGAGAAAGUCCUGCUCGGGUUGUUACAUGGACAAAAAAUUCUAUGUAAUUGGGGGACAAGAUGAGCAACAAAACGUCCUGACUUGUGGGGAAUUCUUUGACGAGGAAACCAACACUUGGAACUCAAUUCCCGACAUGUUGAAAGACAUUCCUGUGUCGGUUUGCCGGUCCCCACCACUUGUUGCUGUCGCCAAUAAUCAGCUUUACGCGCUCGACGCCUCCUCCAACGAGCUCAAAACGUAUCUGAAGCGAACCAACUCAUGGAAGAAGUUAGGAACAGUUCCAGUGAUGGCAAGUGCUCAAGGAGGUUGGGGCGUGGCCUUCAAGUCUCUGGGGAAUGAGCUGCUCGUAAUCGGUGCGACUGCUAUGUGUUCUUCUGGGCGUGGCUUGACGAUCUACACUUGUUGCCCUGAUCCUUCCGCUGAGGAGCUCCAGUGGCGGCGAAUUGAAUCUGGCAACGCCAAGCUUAGUCCCUUCAUUCACAAUUGUGCUGUGAGGGUAGCUUGAGGUCUGAUUAUUAUUAAGGAAUAAGCAGAGUGGCUUUGGAAUCUCCCAAUAAGAUUUGCAGGACUUUCAGGACUUGUCUCCACGACUCGUUCGAUCUUUGUUGCUGAUGUGACUUGAUGCAUCUAUAUGCCGUCGGUUCGAUGUUAGGGAGCUUGUUGAUGUAAACUUUUUCGUUUAAUGUUUUGACUCUGCAGAUUUUCAGCUUCAAAUGCUGCUGGAUUUUAUUUUUCUUUUCUAUUUUGCUUCGGCUGGUCCUUUCUCUGGUGGAGAUUUCUCUCAGAAUUUCUCCACAGAAAAGCACCGAGCCAGUUAUCAUAGUCACCACCCACCACUAACGUGGCUUUCAGCCUUUCUGUGGGUUUGCCACCUAACCUAAUCAUUGUUCACUCCCACAAAUUAGGUUCGUUUUCUCCUGCGCAAAAUCUUAAAAAUCAAUUCAGAAUUUCGUUAUUGAA